UUAUUUGUUUCAUAGAAUGAUAUCUUUUCCUUAUCUUUGCAUUAUCUAUAGAAACUACAAACAAAUAGUGAAGCAAAGACUAGGCAACUACAAACAAAUAUAAUUGUUAAGAGUAGCAAGCAAGGCAACACAACACAACACAUACAUAAGCAAACACGAAAUCGAAUCAAAUCAAAACAAACCAUCCUUACCACAAAAACAAAAACAAACCAAAAUUGUAAAAGAAACAAAGAAAUAUUCAACUCAAAGAUCGAUGUUUGUUCGUCCACUCCACUCCCUCCCUCCCUCCCACCCAACCCAACAAACAAUUCAAAGUCACAAUCUUUUCAACAAUUUCCACAACCCCAUCAUCUCUAUACCAAAUCCAAUCCAACUGGUUAGUUCUUUCUGCAGUUUUGAGCAGUAAUGGAUUUGGUAGGACCCACCAUGAACCGGUUGGUCGGAGAUUACAUACUGGGUCCUCGAAUCGGGUCGGGUUCAUUUGCAGUGGUGUGGCGUUCCCGUCAUAGGAGUUCAGGUUUGGAGGUUGCUAUUAAGGAGAUUGAUCAGACCCAAUUGAGUCCCAAAGUUAGAGAUAAUCUCAUCAAAGAGAUUACUAUUCUUAGAACUAUUCGUCACCCUAACAUCAUUCGACUUUUUGAAGCUAUUGAGACCAAUGAUAGGAUUUACCUUGUUUUGGAGUAUUGUGGUGGAGGGGACCUUGCUGCUUACAUACAUCGAUAUGGGAGAGUUUCGGAAUCCAUUGCUAGACAUUUCAUGAGGCAAUUGGCUGCUGGAUUGCAAGUGCUUCAAGAAAAGAACCUCAUACAUAGAGAUUUAAAACCACAGAACUUACUGUUGGAAACUACUUCAGCUACACCACUUAUGAAAAUCGGGGAUUUUGGUUUUGCACGGUCUCUCACGCCUCUGCAGUUGGCAGAUACACUAUGUGGUUCACCUUAUUACAUGGCUCCCGAGAUAAUUCAGAGUCAGAAAUAUGAUGCCAAGGCUGAUUUAUGGAGUGUUGGAGCAAUAUUGUAUCAGCUAGUGGUCGGGAAACCGCCAUUCGAUGGAAAUAGUCAGUUGCAGCUUUUUCAAAAUAUUUUGGCAUCUACUGAGCUGCACUUUCCAUCAAACAUUUUAAAAGAUCUGCAUCCUGAUUUUGUGGAUCUUUGCAGAAGCCUUUUACGUCGAAAUCCAGAUGAGAGAUUAACAUUCAAGGCAUUCUUCAAUCACAAUUUCCUACAUGAUCACAGGUCUGUUGUGAAUAUUGAGCAGUUUCAUUCGCAUCAAUCAGAAAGCUCGAUAGUUGAUCAAUUAGUUGGCCCUGCAUUCGAGAAGGUGUCUCAAGCACAUUCCGAGUAUCGCGUUGAAACUGAAAGUGCUAAAGGGUCAACUCAAACUAUUGCACUCAAUAAGCCUGGGAAGUCUAUUGAUACCGUUUCUCAUUUAAUGGAGUCCAUUGAGAAAGGUUAUGUCCUCAUCAACCCUCAUUUUGCAUCAUUGGAGGAUUUCUCGGACUACUUUGAGGCAUCCGUGCAUGAUAAUCCCUCUAGCGGGGUUUCUAUCCGUGCUUCAGAGACAACUAACCUGGAAAUCGGAAAGCAAACAACAAACUUUUCUUUAGGGAACCCUUCGAACAAGUUAGAGUUGUUGCAUCAGUAUGUGCAAGUCCUCGGAGAACUUUCACAGGAAAAGUACAACACAGGACUGUAUCUAGAAUCACUCACAGUUGAGUUGGUGGUUUUGGCUAUAUGGAAGAAAGCUCUAGACAUUUGUAGCACUUGGUUAGCCCCAAUUUCUAAGAACGAGUUUCACGAAAGCAGUUCAGUUAACGAGUCCGUAAUUGCCCGUGGAGACGCGAGCUUAUCACAUACUACCGAUCAUAAAAUAAAUUUCAACGACCGUCCUUCCGUCUCCUUGUGGGCCAAACAUGAAUUUAUCACCGCAGUCGAUCGUGCUGAGAAACUAUCAUGUCAUAUUCAAAACAUGGAUGGUGCAGUUGAGAUGCCAGACGCAAUCGAGAUUAUAUUCAGACAAGCACUCUUAAUAGGGACAAAUGGUGCUGUUGAUGAGUACAUGAAUAACAAAGAUAAGUCAGCUGCAUCUUACUCAAAAGCAAUGCUUCUACUUUCAUUCAUCGUGGAAGAAGCAGAGAACCUUCCACUGAACCCUCCAUUUUCACUUCUUGCCGACGAUCAUAAGCGAAUUGUGCAAUAUAUUCACAACUUGCAGUUUCGCAAGAUCUCGUUAUCAGAGUCGUCUUCUGAGGAAGCUCAAUAGCUAAUACUCUUUAGUCAAAGUAAAUAAAAUGUAAUCAGUUUGUAUAUAUUUGCACCAUAACUUUUGGAAUUGGUGAAGCAGUUUGUUGUAUAUAGGUAUAUAUAAGCACUUAACAGGACAUUGUAGAGGGACUUUUUGCUGUUAUUGAAUGAUGAUUUUAUGUAA